GCUGGUUUUGGGCUGAGUGUGUCUUGUGUAAACUAUCGCUAUUGUUCUUUUGUUGAAGAAAUAUGAAACUUUGUCAAAUGCAAAAAGCUUGUUAUCUACUUAUUACUGGAUGUUGACAAGUAAUUAAUUAUUUCACAAGUGGAUACAUUGAAAAUAUUCAAAUUCAAGUCUAUUUGUGGUGUAACUCACGAAUAGAGCGUGUUACGCUAAAAAUUGCCAGCACAAUUCAGCACUUUCUAAGUUAGUUCACCUGUAGUGUGAACAUGGAUAUUGAUGCACAAGGACAUUCAUCGUCGCUUACACCCUUCGUAAAAAAGCGGAGCGAACCCCUGGCCUCGAGGCAAGGGUGGAGUCUAUCAAUGUCUUUCGAGUUGCGAUGUUUUCUCGAGGCUACUCGCGACGACGGUUUGGUUGGCUGAGGGGCACCACCUGUCUGAAGGUUAAGCAGCCUAAGUCUCCAUCUGAACAGACCUGUUACAAAAGGUCCAGAAAUGCGACGGUUCUACCGUAAUUUUGAGGCCAUUGCCUUGCUUGUCAUUGGAGUGCUGUGCUUGGCCAUAAUUUUCAGCAAAGAUGACGGAUCCCAAAAUGUACGGACGGCCAAUGUACACCUCAAUGUGCAGAAGUCGGUUUCUGAACAACCGCCCCGGAAAGUCUCGACUGAGAACGCGGCGCAGUACGCCGCGCCGUAUUGCGAACGUAAUUUCUCUGCGGCCAACGUCGCCGGAUUCUCGGCUCUUCCGGGCCACAUCCAGGACUUCUUGUUUUACCGCCACUGCCGACGCUUCCCGAUGCUGCUGGACGUGCCCGACAAGUGCGGGGGCGCGCCCCGCGAUUCGGCGGACGUGUUCCUGCUGCUGGUGAUAAAGAGCUCCCCCUGGAACUACGACCGUCGGGAGGUGCUGCGGAAGACCUGGGCCAAGGAGCGGCUGGAGGGCGGGGCGUGGAUCCGACGCGUGUUCGUCUCGGGCACGGUGGGCGCGGGCAUCGAGAAGCGCAAGCUCAACAAGCUGAUGCGUCUGGAGAACCGGGAGCACGGCGACAUUCUGCAGUGGGACUUCAACGACUCCUUCUUCAACCUCACCCUCAAGCAGGUCCUGUUCCUGGAGUGGAUGGAGAGGCGCUGCCCCCGCAUCCGCUUCCUCCUGAACGGCGACGACGACAUCUUCGCCAACACCGACAACAUGGUGGAGUACCUCCAGAGCCUCGCCGGCAACGACGGAGGCCGGCACUUAUUCGUGGGCCACCUCAUCCGCUACGUGGGACCCAUUAGAGAGUCCGGGAGCAAGUACUUCGUCCCCGUCCAGGUUCAGGAGUCAAACUCGUACCCACCGUACUGCGGUGGAGGGGGCUUCUUGCUCUCCGGUUUCACAGCCAGGGUUAUAUACAACAUGUCCCACGUUGUCCCCAUCCUGCCGAUCGAUGACGUGUACAUGGGCAUGUGUUUGCAAAAGGCUGGGUUGGAGCCGGAGUCCCAUUUCGGAGUGAGGACUGCGGGGCUCCGUGUCCCCUCUCAGAACGUCGACGCGUACGAUCCUUGUUACUACCGGGAGAUUAUCUUGGUGCACAGGUUCCUGCCUCAUCAGAUUUUCAUCAUGUGGCACGGGAUUCACGAACCUGACUUAAAAUGUGGAAGUUCAGAAGUGUCUCGAGGCUCAAAAACAGAAAAAUAGUUUGGAUUGAAUUGACUUUUUGGAAUUGUUUUGGUUUCUUGGCAACCGACCCUGACAAGAAAUUAUGUUUAUUAUUAUUAAGAAGUGCUGGAGCAUUUUGAACAUUACUGACACGGAUAACUGACAAGUAAUCCAAAGCAAAAUAAAAACGUUUCUUAUUGCACUUUAAAUUCAGCUGAAAAUGUAUAGAGCUGAGACAGGACUGACACUGUAGAACUGUGUUCCAUUGUGACUUUAAUUCCUCCCUCCAACCUGUAAUGUGUCUUAAAAACAUGGAUUGCUGGGCAUGUUGAGUAUGAUGCCCAACAGUAAUACAAAUGCUGAAACUCUUGUACAAAUUUUUAACCCUUAUUUUCUUUAUUGCACAAAACUACUCAUGGGGGGGGUCCAUCGCAUUGGCUGGUUUACAUUCCUGCCGAGUUCAGUUAAUUACUGAGCUUGUUUGGCAUCUCCAUGUGCAAUCUGAACUAAAGAAAAACCUCAAGUGCUCACUGUUUAGUAGAUCAGUUAGUUGUUCCAGGCCUGAACAUCAGUGCAGCAUGACUAAUUUGUUGAAGGCGCUGAAAUAUAUAGCAUUAUAUCUACAAACAGAUUUUAUGCAAUUCAUAGCCAUAAAAUAGCUGCUGCUUUCUUGUUGAGUGAUGUCCAAUGCAGAUAAGUUACUCAAUCAGACCUGAUUAAUGGUAAAUGGUAAAUGGUUGGCAUUUAUAUAGCGCCUUUAUCCAAAGCACGGUACAAUUGAUGCUUCUCAUUCACCCAUUCAUACACACACUCACACACUGACGGCGAUUAGCUGCCAUGCAAGGCGCCAACCAAGAACUGUAGCUAAAAUGGAAAUCAGCAAGCAUCGUGGUAAGGUUUAAGAAACAUUGCCUAGCAAUAGUCACUCCUGUAAGCAAUAAUCACUCUUACCUUAUAAAUAUAAUUACACCCUCAAACAAUUUUGAUAUUUUGACAAUUCCUGCAAUUUGUGUUUUUUUAUGAGGGACUGCCAGCAGCCAAUCAACAAUAACAAUUCUCUAACGUGUCAACAGCAACAUCUGUUACCUGUAAACUGUGAAAAAAAAAGAAAGAAAGAAAGAAAGGCACACUGCAAAAGAUGCACCAUGCCAAAAAGACGAGGAAUGUAUUCCGCUGUGGAAAGGAGUAUGAAGGAUUAAUUUGUUGUCUGCUACCACUUCACGUAUCAGACGUUUGGUAAGUUGAAAGAAAUCUGACAGAAAGCGCUUUAUGACAUUAAAGGGCAGCAUCUGUGACUGCUAUGUGGAACCAUAUGUCGCUGAAAAACGUGAUGUGGCAGUACGCUGCGCGAUUCGUCGCGUCCUGUGUCACGUCAUCGACCCUGACUCUGCCUGUCGGAGUCUACUCGCAAAGUGUGUCGCGUGCCAUUGCAGUGCACUUCCACCAAUCAUAUUGUCUUAUCAUCUUAAGGGGAUCAAACCCCAAUAUGUCGCCAAGAUCGUGAUGUGGCAACAUGUGCUGUGAUUCUUCCCAUCCUGUGUCACGUAUUCACCCUAACUCUGCCUGCUGGAUGAGUCUACUGGAAACGCGUGUCAAGUUCACUCACAGUGCACUUCUUCUAGCUUAUGAUUAACCCCUUCUUUGAAUGUGCGGGUUACGUAUUUAUUGAGUUUGCUGACAGUAAAAUGAUUGACCCAUACUGGUCACCUUUUAAGGUCAUGAUAGAAUGAUAAAUUGAUUUAAAGUGUGUUUAAAUGAGAGAUGUUGAAGGAAAUGUUUUUUCAUUUAUUUGGUUAUUUGUACUGAUAUGAUUUUACUUCUCAGGGUAUUUUUGGAUGUAUUAUUACAUAUUCAUUGAAUAAACAAUACAGUUGAGUGAAA